AAGAGCUUCUCCUUCAUAAGCCAUUCCAAAUCCCACCUUUGUUCAUCCCUCAAAUCAUGGCUGCUUCUUUACAGCCAUCUCUUUCCUUCAUUCAUGUAACUAAAAUUCCAAAAGCUCCACUAAUAUCUUCUUUCUAUGUUCACAAUCUCCACACAAAACAACAAAGAUGGCUGCAAUGCAAACCAAUUAAAAUAACAAGUCCAUUGAAGAGCAAACUACCAUCAAGACUAGCACGCAUUGGAGCAUCUGCAAACUCUAGUGAGCUCAGUGCUGAACCUCCAAAAUCUCUUCUAUAUGCCAAGAUUUAUGGCUUCUUUGACUUGAUUAACCAAAAGGAAAUCACUGAAGAAGAGCUGGACAAGCUCAUAUCAGUAAACUGCAUCUUUGAUGACUUGGCCUUCCAGAAUCCAUUCAAAGGAAACAAGGAAAUUUUUAAAUACUUAAAAGAUCUAAAGAAGGCAAUGGGCAAACAAAUCGUGUUCAAAAUAGAUCAAGUAUAUGAAGGGAGAGAUGAAGCAGUAGGUGGUGUGUUAUGGCAUUUGGAGUGGAAUGAUCUUGUCAUCCCCUUCACAAAAGGUUGCAGCCUGUUUCAUGGCACCAAACAUGAUGAAACUGAAGAUAUACUCAUAGAUCAAGUCAGAAUUUUUGAAGAAUCACCACUGAAACCAGGAAAAGUAGCAGUUGAACUUCUGAAGCUCGUUAGUUCGUAUUUUGAUAAGUAUCCUGAAUCGACUAAGAGGUUCUUGAACAAGUUUGAUGAAAUCACAAAAUGGAUAGUGAAAGUUUGUAAGAAUGUUAUGGAUUGGAUUAUAGUCCCAUUUUUGAAGUAUCAAACCAAUUUGUGGGGAUGUGCAUUCAAGAUCUUACAGCUUUUGGGUAAUUUAUUGCUCAAAUUGCUGAACGUAAUGGGCCUCAUUUGAUUUACUCUCAGUGAAACAGGUGAUGCAAUCUUCAAGCUGCUUAUGUCUCAUGCAUAUCAGAACUUUUGCUAUUCUUGAACUUGUGAAUAACACAAUAAUUAUAAAGUACCGGAUCUCAUCAGAACUUCGAUCAUAUGUGUUUAUGAAGAAUAAUUGUAAGGGAUGUGAUGAGAAACUCCUGAUCAUGUUGUGGUACUUUGUUAUUAUUAGUUUUUUCCUCUGUUAGGAAAAAUAGAGGAUCUGUAGGGGAAAUCAAGAAAGGAAUGAGACAAUAAAAACACACAAGAUUUACGAGGUUCGGCAAUGUGCCUACGUCCUCGGGAGUGGAGUAGCCGUAAUCCUCUUAUUCACUUGUCUCUCCACGGUUGAGACAAAAAACUAGGGUUACAAAUAUUUAUAGGUAAAAACUUAAAUUUAUCUAAAUACAAAUCUAUUUGGAUCCUAACCCUAUCUGGAUCCUAA